CGACCUGCUUCGGUCCGGACCUCCGGAGUUUUCUUAGCCGAGUUCAUCAACUAGGAGCCGGGACAGACGGAACCGGACAGAGACCCCCAUGAAUGGAAAUCGGAACUACAGGAGCCGUUGGGGCCCAGUCCCUGUUCUCCAUGCCCCGGAGGCCCGGCUAUGGCACCAUGGGGAAGCCCAUCAAGCUGCUGGCCAACUGCUUCCAGGUGGAGAUCCCCAAGAUGGACGUCUACCUCUAUGAGGUUGACAUUAAGCCUGAAAAGUGCCCACGCAGAGUCAAUAGGGAGGUGGUGGACUCCAUGGUGCAGCACUUUAAGGUGACCAUCUUCGGGGAUCGCAGGCCAGUCUAUGAUGGGAAGAAAAGCCUUUACACAGCCAACCCACUGCCUGUGGCACCUGCAGGAGUGGACCUGGACGUCACGCUACCAGGAGAGGGAGGAAAAGACCGACCGUUUAAGGUCACCAUCAAGUUUGUGUCUCUGGUCAGCUGGCACCUGCUGCAUGAAGUGCUGACUGGACGUGGAAUGCCUGAACCACUGGAGCUGGACAAGCCCAUCAGCACCAACCCAGUACACGCUGUAGACGUGGUGCUAAGACACCUGCCCUCUAUGAAGUACACUCCGGUGGGUCGGUCGUUCUUUUCGGCUCCAGAGGGUUACGACCAUCCUCUGGGAGGAGGGAGGGAGGUAUGGUUUGGCUUCCAUCAGUCUGUACGGCCUGCCAUGUGGAAGAUGAUGCUCAACAUAGAUGUGUCAGCCACAGCCUUCUACAAAGCACAGCCAGUCAUUCAGUUCAUGUGUGAAGUUCUGGACAUCCACAACAUCGACGAGCAACCUCGCCCCCUCACAGAUUCGCAUCGGGUCAAGUUCACCAAAGAAAUCAAAGGUCUUAAGGUGGAGGUGACGCACUGUGGAACCAUGCGGAGGAAGUACAGAGUCUGUAAUGUGACCCGCCGGCCUGCCAGCCACCAAACGUUCCCCUUGCAGUUGGAGAAUGGGCAGACAGUGGAGCGGACCGUAGCUCAGUAUUUUAGAGAGAAGUACAACCUGCAGCUCAAAUACCCUCACCUGCCCUGCCUGCAGGUGGGCCAGGAGCAGAAACACACCUACCUGCCUCUAGAGGUGUGUAAUAUAGUGGCUGGACAGAGGUGCAUCAAGAAACUGACCGAUAAUCAGACAUCCACCAUGAUCAAAGCCACAGCGCGUUCAGCACCGGACAGACAAGAAGAAAUCAGUAGACUGGUGCGCAGUGCCAACUAUGAGGCAGACCCUUUUGUGCAGGAGUUCCAGUUUAAAGUGCGUGACGAGAUGGCCCAUGUGACGGGCCGCGUGUUGCCGGCACCCAUGCUGCAGUACGGGGGCAGGGUGAGCUCAGAGCACUAUCUGAACCGUACCGUGGCUACUCCCAGUCACGGUGUGUGGGACAUGCGGGGGAAACAGUUCCACACGGGUGUGGAGAUCAAAAUGUGGGCCAUUGCCUGCUUUGCCACGCAAAGACAGUGCCGUGAGGAGAUACUCAAGGGGUUCACAGACCAGCUGCGUAAGAUCUCAAAAGAUGCUGGGAUGCCCAUUCAGGGACAGCCAUGUUUCUGUAAGUACGCGCAGGGAGCAGACAGUGUGGAGCCCAUGUUCAGACACCUGAAGAACACCUACUCCGGCUUGCAGCUCAUCAUCGUCAUCCUGCCUGGAAAAACGCCUGUCUAUGCGGAGGUGAAGCGUGUAGGAGACACUCUUCUGGGCAUGGCCACUCAGUGUGUUCAGGUGAAGAAUGUGGUGAAGACGUCUCCACAGACGCUCUCCAACCUCUGCCUCAAAAUCAACGUCAAACUCGGCGGCAUCAACAACAUCCUAGUGCCACAUCAACGGCCAUCAGUAUUCCAGCAGCCAGUGAUCUUCCUAGGGGCAGACGUUACACACCCGCCUGCUGGAGAUGGGAAAAAGCCCUCCAUUGCUGCCGUGGUGGGCAGUAUGGAUGCCCAUCCAAGUCGGUACUGUGCCACGGUUCGGGUGCAGAGGCCCCGGCAGGAGGUGAUUCAGGAUUUGGCCUCCAUGGUGCGGGAACUCCUCAUCCAGUUCUACAAAUCCACUCGCUACAAACCUACCAGAAUUAUCUACUACAGGGAUGGUGUGUCCGAAGGCCAAUUCAGACAGGUGCUGUAUUAUGAGCUGUUGGCUAUCCGGGAGGCCUGCAUCAGUCUGGAGAAAGAGUAUCAGCCCGGCAUCACCUACAUCGUAGUGCAAAAACGCCACCACACUCGCCUCUUCUGUGCCGACCGCAACGAGAGGGUGGGCCGCAGCGGUAACAUUCCUGCUGGUACGACUGUGGACACAGACAUCACGCACCCCUACGAGUUUGACUUUUACCUCUGCAGUCAUGCUGGAAUACAGGGCACGAGUCGCCCUUCCCACUACCACGUGUUGUGGGAUGACAACUGUUUCACGGCCGAUGAAUUUCAGCUGCUCACCUACCAGCUGUGCCACACCUAUGUGCGCUGCACGCGAUCCGUCUCCAUCCCAGCGCCCGCCUACUAUGCCCAUCUGGUGGCCUUCCGCGCCCGCUACCACCUGGUGGACAAAGAGCAUGACAGUGCGGAGGGCAGCCAUGUUUCUGGUCAGAGUAACGGUCGGGACCCCCAGGCUCUGGCUAAAGCUGUGCAGAUUCACCAUGAUACCCUGAGGACCAUGUACUUCGCCUAAGAGAGCCCCAACUUCUACACACCCAUACACACACACAAACACACACUGACACAUAAACUCACACACCUCCCACCAAUAUGUGUGUCCCUGAGGGUCUGAUUCCAUGGCAGUGAGAGCGCCCACUAAAUCCGGACCGGACACUGUGCGGUAGAAAAGGAGGGUGCCUGGCCUGAGAACGCACACCUGCUUUAAACCCCACACCUGAAAACUCAGCACUAUUAUGCAAUAUUAAACCAGCCAACUGCUUUCCCCCCCCCCCUUUUUCUGUUGGGGGAUGUCUUGAGGCUCCCCUCUUCCCUCCCUACCAAACAAAAGGGAGGUUUUGGAUUUUCUUUUUUUGUUUUGUUUUUUUCUCUCCCCUGUCUGUUGAUCAUUUUACCUCAAGCUUGUAACAGCAGCACUUUCUUACCCUCAUAAACCCCCCCAGUUGUUGCAGAAAGACAUUGAGAGAGCAGAGUCAGUUCUGGGAGUUAGAAAACGGCAUGUCUUCUGCUAGAUUGAAAUGGGCCCUUUUUGUUUAAUCUACAUCAAUAAUGGUGUAGCCAAAGUACCUUUUUAUUUCUCCCUACUUUUGUAGCCAAUCGUGACUUAAGAUGUAUGAGUGUAAAUUGUGAUGAACCAGUUGUGCGUUAUUGAUGUAUAAAAACAGACACACACAUAUACACAUGCUGUAAUUGUGAGUAAAGUGCCACCCACAGGCAUUAGGCCAGAUAUUCCCAGAAACUGCCUGAAAGCUGAUUAGAAUAAUGCAUUUUAAUUUGCUUAUUUUCUUUUUUUUUCUCCCCAAACUUUGUGCCGAGUAACAUUAUUUUAGGGUGGUCCAGAACAUUGUCUGUGAGCUCUCAUGUACUGCAAUGCAAA